CUCAUUCAACGCACAGCCUUACAAGGCUUAAGAUAAAGGCUACUUCAGAGCCAUGGACAGUGAUUAAUUGGAAUGUCAGAGGGCAAGGAGAAGAAGUAAUAACAUGCUAGCCUCCGGCAAGAUGUGAAAGAUGUUUAUAUUCUUUCCCGGGGCUCGAGGAUGUGAUCGUACCAUCUCUCAGGGUUGUGAGACUCCAAGAUAAUUAGGUAAAAGUACCCCUGAAAAAUCACAUACAGAUUCUCUUUCAUUCAACCAUUUCAUUUUAGCAUUUAUUGAGCACCAACAAGACCCUAGGAAUUACGCUGGGAACUGGAGGAAUAUGAAGACAAAGAAAUAAGGAGUGAGCUCAGAAUCAUAUUACAUAGUGUAUUUCUGUUACCUUCUUUCCUAUUUUUGCUUCUUCUUGUCCAGGAUUAUAUCAGGGGAGAUGGGUCUUGUAGUUCUAUCCAAUUUUCCAGCUUCUUUCCCACAGAUUUUUGCUACAGGCCAGUCUGUAGGCUUACAGUCCACUGGCCGAGGGAUACCCUGUCUAUCGUGCAUUCAGCAAAUCAGUACUUCACGUACUAAAGCCAGAUACAAAGGUGGACAAACUGGAGCUGGGGGUUUAGCUCAGCGGCAUAAGCGCCUGCCUUGCAAGCAGGCGGUCGUGAGUUCAAUCCCUGGUACCGAUAAAAAUGAAAAAGACAAAAAAAAAAGGUGGACAAACAAGGUCCCUGCCCUCAUGGACCUCACUCGAACAAAUCAAUGUACAAAUGAAUAUAUAUUCAUAAAUGACAGUGACAGUAUCAGGAGGUGGGAAGAGAGAAGAAAAACUCAGCGUAAGGACCUCUUAGGGAGGCACAAAGCUGAAACCUUUGAAGGACAAGAAGUCAUCCACAAAAGUCACCUGGGUAGAGGCUGGGGAUUUAGCUCAACGGCAUAAGCACCUGCCUUGCAAGCAGGCAGUCGGGAGUUUGAUCCCUGGAACUGAUUAAAAAAACAAAAUCACCUGGGUAGAGGCCUCCCAGGUGGAGGGAACACGAUCAUCAAACGUCCUUGAGUGGGAGGGAACAUGGUGUCUUCAAAGCAGUGAGGCAGAAACCUAGAGCAGGUCAUCGGCUCUCCAGGACUCUGGAGUGAGAGGCAGAAUCAGGGAGGCCUUGGAGACUGAGGUAAAGAGUCAGCUGCAACUCCACUGCCCUUCUGACACCCUCUGUUCUCUCUUCUCCAUGGAAGUAAAGCUGGCUUGUUCUGCUAGUCCUAUUAUUCCAAGAUGCUGAUAAAAGGCUGAUAAUUAGUUAGAAAAAUCUGGCAUAGAACAAACCACCGGAGAAUGGUCAACUUGAGCUCCUUCUCUUUAGGCAGAUAAACUCAGCUGACCCCAGAACCUAUAGAUAGGGUGGGUGAUAACAAAGAUUUUCAUCCCUCCUCCUGCACCGAUCACAGGUCUAUGGGAGCAUUAUACCUGUUGUAUAUGGACUCCAUUUGCUUAAAUAGCAGGUAUCCCUUGGAGUACAUUACUGAAUUAACAAUUUAAAACCGAGGGGGCAAUCAAGCAAGAUGGCACACACUUGUAAUCCCAGCACUUGAGGCAGGAGAAUUCCUGCAAGUUUAAGGCCAGCCGGUGCUACAAAGUGAGUUCAAGGCCAGCUUGAACUGCCUGGUAAAAUCCUGUCUCAAAAAGACAAAAACAAACAAAUUUAGGAGAUAAGGUAAAUGUGCAGCAAAAUCUCUAAUAGAGGUGAGUGAUUAUAAACCACACGAAGGGUAACACUAAGUAUUACUGAAGGAAUAAAGCUAAUCCAGUAACAGCUCCAGGAGCCACUGAACAUUCCUCUGCAAAGGAAACCAGUACCAUAAACAGGCCAGAAGGGCAGACUCCUCUACCCUUCAAGUGGGGAUGCACGAUGGCACUUUGGGUACCUAAGUCUACCCAAUAUGGGUCAACAGUUUCCAAAACAUACAGUUUAACCCAACUUCACUUCCAGGAAUCCAUCCUUAGACAAAAAUCAAAGAUCUGGCCUGGCAUGGUGGUACACACCUGUAAUUCCAACACUUGGAGACUGAGGCAGGAGAAUCGCCAUGAAUUAGAGGUCAGGGUGGGCUUCAUAGUGAGUGCCAAACCAGAAUGAACUACAUAGUAAGAAUCUUGUCUCAAAAACCCAUGAGAAAGGGAAAAAGAAAAAGAGAGAGAGAGAAAAUUUGUUCCACAAUUUAUUUAAAUCUAAGAAUUUUCAUUAUAACGUUAUAUACUAUCAAGUACUUAGAAACAAUAUAAAUAUCCAACCUGGAUUAUAUAUAUCACGGUCCUACCUUCAUGGUGGGAUAAUGUUUGAAUGAAGUUUUUGAAGCCCAGUAAUGACUAACUUCUGGAAAGUCUCUAAACACCAUUUAAAACGAUACGCCAAACCGGGUGUGUGGUGCACCCCUGUAAUUCCAGCACUCGGGAGGUUGAGGCCGGAGAAUUGCCAGAGUUCAAGGCCAGCCUGAGCUACAUAGAAAGUUCGAGAUCAGCCUGAACCACAUAACAAGAACCCUGUCUCAAAAAACAAACAACAGGAGAAACAAAAUAAAAGAAUAUGCCAAUGAACUGUUACACUAUAGCAGGUCACACGGCAUGGCGGGAACAAAGAGGCUGGGGGCAGAGAAAGAGAAAAGUCUCAAAGCCUCGCGAGGAGUUUCCAAGUGGAGAGGAAAGAAAGGUCAAGUCGAGUUCUGAAGAAGAUUGGGAAAGUUAUAUGCCUCUUGAAAAGGCUCGCCCGCUGCACUCAUACCUCACAACGGUCACCUGGGCAGGCCUGCAACUGGGCUGGAAAGCCACGCGUGUGGUCAGGACUACUACGGCCCUCCCACUGGACAACGCGGAAGCCGAGCGAUGGGCCGCCGGAACAAUGCUCAGCACUGGGCCUGCGCAGCUUGGCUUCCCCUGGAGCCAAAAAAGUCCCAGGGCCAACGUGGCCGCCCCGCCCACGUGCAAAAAAGGACGCACAGUGACUACUGCGCAGCUGCGCGCAAGCGCAGUCGGCCUGCUGAACUGCUGGUGUGAAGUUUCACACGCAGGAGGAUGAAAGAUCAUGUCUCAUGUGGACGAAGCAGCCCGCCGGCUGUCCAAAGAUGGGACAACCCUCUAUGCAGUGCUAGAACUUAAGAAGGGUGCCUCACCUGAAGACGUCAAAAAGUCCUACAGGAAACUGGCCUUGCAGUAUCAUCCAGACAAGAAUCCAGGGGACCCCCAAGCUGCAGAAAUCUUCAAAGAAAUCAACACAGCCCAUGCUAUACUGAGUGACCCUAAGAAGCGGAAAAUCUAUGACCAGCAUGGCUCAUUUGGAAUAUACCUCUAUGAUCACUUUGGCGAAGAUGGAGUUAGAUACUAUUUUAUAGCCAAUAGUUGCUGGUUCAAGACACUUGUCAUCCUGUGCACACUGCUCACUUGCUGCUGCUGUUGCUGCUGCUGCUGCUUUUGUUGUGGAACACUCAAACCACCACCCGAGGAGACGAGUAGGCAGAGAUGUCAACAGCACGUCCGGACACAACCUUCAGGUGCAGGUUCUGGCCCGGCGAGGGUACCCACUGCUGCUUAGUCUGUUGGACACAUUGGAGAGAGGAGCAAGUAGCCCUGUCCUGACUUUGACUCUGACUUGAUCCCCGCUCUGUAAGAAUUCCUCCUUCAGAAGCACGGAUGGUGACAUCCUGUAAGGACACCGUGUCUGGCCCUGGUCCUGGCCGUCCAGGGCCUCCAGCUACUCUUUGUGGCUCCAGUCCCACUCUUACCUGUCAGAGAGCAGUACUGCCACCCCUCCCUGCGGGAGGCCUCAGGCCGUGCCGGCAGACUUUUCCUGAGGGUUCCUUUGCUGUGCUUGCCCUGGCACUUGAGCCAAUGUCAGGUAGGUGCCUGAGUCACCUGCAGUACCUCCACCAAGAUCCCGGUCAUCGAGCAGGGCAGACCCUGUUCUGGGAGCUUCUCUACCAGUAAGUCCUCCUCUGUGGCAGCGAUGGGUACCAAAAACGCUUAGCAUCCACCACAUUCCUAGGCCACUACACCCUCCUGAGGCUGCUCUCAUCUUCUGGUGCCCACACCAUGGGUACUGCAGCCUCCCCUAGGCCACCAUGAGCCAACUGGAAAAUGAAUGCAUUUGACUCUUGCAGAUGGCCACCUGUCCUGGGCCUUCCCGACCUUCAGCUCCCGUGCCCAUGUGCCCAGCGCCAGGCCCAUGUUAGUCUUGGUCCUGUGGGUGGACUGCGGCCGUGCAGCCCUAUGCCUACCUGUCGUCUCCAUCCUUACCACAUCGUCCCAGGCUGACCACCGUAGAGUUGGUUCUUAAAAAGGACUUGAGACAUGAUAGGAGAAAGAUCGUACUCUGCAGACCGUCCCUGCCGCUCAUCUUCGUGCUGUGUCCUCAGCAUCGUCCCACACCAUUCUCUUCUCACCUGCAUGGAAUCCUAGGGAUGCCUCAAACGUCUCUCCCCUCGCCAGGAGAAAGGCCAAGGAACGUCAGUAAAUAAAAGAGAUUUUAAAAAGACA